ACUUCCGCUUUCAAAGAAAUUAUGCGUUUCUUCAACAUUUUCUCUUCUUCCUUUACUUCAACCGCCAAAUGGUCCUGCCCUAAUAAAUUGAAAAUCUCAUCUGAGGACAUUCGAAACUUCAAGGACACACUUAUUGCUAUGAAAGGAAGAAGAAUGAAUGCGACUGCCAUGCGCUUGCUCACUAAUGAAACCAACUACAAAGUCACAAUUGAAGUGUCCACAAAAGCUAUCCGGGCAUUGAAGAAGGUUAUCCGUCGUGGUGUCGGGCAAUACCAACCUGGUUCCAAGACGGACCAACUCAUCACUUCAUUCAAAGAAGUAAAACAAGAAUACGAUGAGAUGAUUUUGAAAAUGGACAUCAAAAUGGUACCUUCAAAAGCUGAUUACGUCAUUGAAUGCUGGCUCAAAAAAGAUGCUGCCGAGAAAGCUGCCAAAGAAUCAAAAGAUCGCAAAGCCUUGAAGAACGCUGCUAGGAAAGCUGAAAAAAACGCACACGAAGAAUCAUCAUAUUUCAGAGUGGAUGACCCAGAACCAGAACCACAAAACAUCUACAGAAUUGAUCCAAUCAUUGAAAUUUAUGUCUGAAAUGGUUUCACUUUAUCGAUUUUUUUUUUCAUAUUUGUUUUAAUUUCCCAGUUUAUCCCUGUUUUGAUCACUCCCUUUGCAAUUUUUAGUGCCCAGUUUUUAUGUUAUAACGAACCACUAUUUCAAUAAAAA